GCGUGUCCCCAGUGUCCGCUCCGGUCGCCCGGUCAGGAAUGCGCCUCACGAAGCCGCUGUGCGGUGUAAGGUUUGAUGAGACCGGGACUGAGGUCUGAGACGAGACAUGGUCUGACUUUGUUUACACUGCUAGUAUCGCAGGAGGUUUGAUCCGCCGAGCUGACGGAGCACCGCAGCACGCUCAGGUCGAUAGCUUCAACCUGCUAAGUUAGCUGCUAGGAAGCUAGUUUGAGACCCGACAGAGAGCCGGACGGACUGCUGAGCCCGGCCGGUGCGCCGGACAGAGGAGGUGGUGGCAGGCGGGGGCCGGGACAACACGACGGGGUGGAAGUGAGUCAGGAGCGGCUGAUGAGUUCAGACCAGAGCGGAGAGCCGCCGCUGCUGCAGGAGGAGGCCGAGCCGGGACCGAGGACCGGCGGGAAGGACGAGGCUCCGCCGGCAACCGAGGGAGGGUCCGGCGGCAUGGUCACCUCUAAGGGCGCUGGUUUGAACCCAAAUGCCAAGGUUUGGCAGGAGAUGCCUGCGGCCCCCAGCGAGGCUGUUACCAACAGUCCUCAUUGGCCCCCCUCUGACAUCAGUGAGGGUUAUUCUGAGCCGUCGUCUGCUGGGUGCAAGCAGUACACUGUGGGAUUCACGGCCCUGGAUGACAGCAGCUCCACAGCAACAGCUGAGAUAGCAGUAAAUGGAAUGGACCCUCCAGAGUUGGGCUUUUCCCCCGCUGAGUCCACCACAGGGACCUCAGAUUCCAAAACUGAAGAACAGCCGAUCUCGUCUGAGAAUCUGCGUGAAUCUCUGAAGAAAGAACUGGAGUUUUAUUUCUCGAGAGAAAACCUCUCCAAGGAUUUGUACCUGAUGUCUCAGAUGGACAGCGACCAGUUUGUCCCCAUUUGGACCAUCGCCAGCAUGGAGGGCAUCAAGGUCCUGACCACUGACAUGGACCUCAUCCUGGAUGUGCUGAGAUCUUCUCCGAUGGUACAAGUGGAUGAGAAAGGAGAGAAAGUGCGUCCUAAUCACAAACGGUGCAUUAUCAUCCUGCGGGAGGUCCCUGAAACCACACCUGUUGAGGAAGUGGAGUCGCUGUUCAAAAAUGACAACUGUCCAAAGGUGAUCAGUGUCGAGUUUGCGCACAACAACAACUGGUACAUCACAUUCCAAUCAGACACGGAUGCUCAACAGGCAUACAAAUACUUGAGAGAGGAAGUAAAAACAUUUCAGGGAAAACCCAUUAUGGCCAGGAUAAAGGCCAUCAACACAUUCUUUGCAAAGAAUGGCUACCGUAGCAUGGACAGCAGCCUGUACGCCCAGCAGUCCCAGAGCCAGUCCCAGUACAGUUCCCCCCUCUACAUGCAACACGUGUACCCCCAGCAGCAGUACCCAGUCUACGGCAUCGUACCUCCCACCUGGACGCCUUCGCCCACACCGUAUUUCGAAACCCCCCUGGCACCGUUUCCCAACAGCGGCUUUGUGAAUGGCUUCGGCUCGGCUGGACACUACAAAACUGGCUCCAAUUCUCUUAAUAUCAAUCGCCCAUUCAACAGAAACCGAAACCACGUGAAGCCCCAGGGGAGGACAAACGAGGUGACUUCAGCAACCAUUACUCCUGUCCCCUUGGAAAGUCUGACCGGACUGCGCGCUCCGCCGGCCCCCACUCCUGUUGCCGCCGCCACCACAAACUCUAUCCAGACGGCCUCGGACAUGAGCUCCGCAUUUUCCCAUCUCUCCUCCUCGUCCUCGUCCUUGGACCCCAGUGACGACAGCGGCAUGGCUGGACGUGGAAGACGGAGCACAACUUACAGAGGAACACGGAGGAGGCGAGAAGAUGACCGGACUACGAGGCCUGUGCCGUUAGCAGAGGUCAAGGUUUCUCCUCCCAAGUUUGAUUUGGCUGCUACCAAUUUCCCCCCUCUUCCCGGCUGUGUGGUCAGCACACAAGGAGAGCCGGUGUUAGAAAACCGAAUGUCAGAUGUUGUGCGUGGUUUGUACAGGGACAAGACCGAACAAGCCAAUAAAGAAGCCACUGUGAGUCCAGCUUCAAGCCAAGCCCCGGUCACAGAGGAGGCUGUGGCUGUCUCAAGUCCCGCCCCGACAGCAGUGAAAGCUGCUACACAACCACUCGUAUCCUCUGCCCCUAGUGUCACUCGACAGGAGAAGAGGGUUGAACGGGCAGAGCUCUCAGUUCCAAAAGCGUCCCCACGUGCACCUGUUCAAGCUACCGUCAACCCCUCCUCUUCCUCCUCCUCCGUCUCCGCCGCCGCCUCCUCCUCCUCCUCCUCUUCCUCCUCCACACAGCCUGUGCCUAGUUCCAGGUCUCAGCCCUCUGCUGCCUCCACGCCAGCAACAUCCAGCACGCCGGCCCCUGCUCCAGCCACUAUUGCCACACCUGCACAGGCUCAGGAGCCCCGCAAGCUCAGCUACGCCGAGGUGUGCCAACGGCCACCCAAGGAUCCCCCCCCUGCAGCCCCUGCACCAGCCUCCACCGGCACUGCAUCAGGCCAGCCGUUACGCGAGUUGCGCGUCAACAAGGCCGAGGAGCCGGGCACCAGCACCAGUCCUGGAGACAAGCAAGAGAAAAGCCACGACAGGGAGGGGGGAUGGGAAUGCAAGGAGAGCCGGCCACCGCGUGAACGUGACUCUCAAGGCUACCACCGCAGCAAUGGCCCCAGAGGCAGCGGGGGCCUCAAGUACCGGGACCAGAGGCGGCCGCCCAUGGCCCGACGCAGCUCCCCACAGGGAGGCUACAGGCACACUGGCAAAGAGCAGAAUAUCCCACCAGUAUCGCCAAAGUAAAAACUCGAUAUGAAUAGAAAAGAGAUGUAUGAAUAUAUACAUGGAUAUAUAUAAUUAUAUAAAAAUGAAUAACAACAUAAAAGCAACAACAUUAUGGUAGACACCUUCCCCCCUGGGACUUGUCCACAGAAAAGCUUUUAAAAUGACGAUAGGACCGGGACAUCCAGGACUAAUGGGCAAAAUGACACCCGAACUUUAAAUGAGCGAUUUGUAAAGGAAACAAAAAUCUUGUUUUGGCCUCCAGCAUUAUGCUUAAAAGAAUUUAAGUGCAAUUUACCUGGAGGCCAUCUCAUUUAUGCUCUACUAGGGAGAGGUGGGAUGCUGGGCCACGUAAAUGACCCUCUACCUUUUUUUUUUUUUUUUUUUU